AUGAGCCAGUCAGUUAAUUGAGAGUCGCGAACGUGUAAAGACAUCGACGUCUCCGUUAAAUGGUAAGACGUAUACAAAUGGAACGGAACGUCUUCAAGUUCUUCCGGUCGCUUUGAAUGGCAGUGAUUGUGUUUAAUAACAACAGUAAAAAAAAUUUGCGAAUGUUUUUGUCGAUAUUGUUGUUGCAAUUAAUGUUGUUUUCGGUGUAUUGCUGAGGCGGCAUGUGUAAAAAGUCAUGUGAAAAAAAAGAAUUGCAUAUUACCUAUUUGAUUACGAUUGAAAAUUUUAAAAUCACUGAUUAGAUAAACGAUCGUUGGCCGCACUGUUGUGUUCUGUUAUUGUGAAAUUUAAAUUGUUGACGACGUUGGUGCGUGUUAUCUUAAAACAAGGUACUGAUCCUCGAGCGAUCCAUUAUAAUUAAUAGUUUUUGUGUUCCCCCUUUUCUUUACAAAAUUCGAGUGUGUGUUAGCGAGUGCUUAUAAAAUUACGCUCUCACUGAAAAAAUGUCUAACGUGUAAACUACUAGAUAAGUAACUAGAAAGUCUUCAAUAAUUGAGACCGCUCAAAGCACACGAUCGCUGUUUAAUGUCUUUGAUUGUGCUCUACUUGCUAAUCGCGGCCGGCAGACACAUCGCGAGCGUGCAAGCAGAAAAUGAGACGCGCCAAACGGCAGUGCGACGCUUGGUUAGCGCGCCAAUAUGUUGUCCCCUAGGCUGGUCGUUAGUCAAGAUCAAUUUGGGCUUCUUUCGACCCGAGAUCUACGAGUGCCGCAAUCUCGAAGAAGGCGACGCUAACAACAGCACUGCCAGCGGUGACGCUAAGGAAACUGAAAUCAGCGUUGACAUCUUCCAACGCACCGCGCCGGUCUACGGUUACCGCAUACAAGCGCCGGCGUUGGAUCAGGGCGGCAAUUAUAGCGGUCAGCUGCCACAAUGCAAUCGGCAAACCUUCGUCUUUCUUACGGGCGACCGUGAGGUGGAGUUGCCAUCAAGCGCGUGUCUUACCAGUGUCGAUCAACGUUUGGCGGCCGUUUAUUGUCCGCCAGCGCGCGGUGAGGCACUACAAACGCUGAGCGUGGUGCACAAAUGCUGCCCGCUGCAUUAUGUUUACGAUGCAAGUCAACAGAAAUGUGUACGCAUUGCGGGCACAACAAAUUUCCAGCGCUAUGGCAUACUGUUGCAACAGUGGGCGAUCUUCGUCGAUGAUGUGUUGGCGUGUCCGCAAGACAUGGCACUGGUGGAGUAUCAAUUGAGUGGCAAGGAAGUGAAAUUCAUCGACGGAAAAGUGGCGAUCGCCAUACGCGGCGAGUGGAAAAAGUUCGAGUUGCUUGAAUACUGCAUGGAGGCGAUUGAGGGUGCGUCCGUUUGGAGUGAUUUUGCCGACCAACGGUAUAUAGUGCGUACGUGUCAGCCGCGCCGCGUCUGUCAGGGCGUCGCGUGCAUACGCCGUUGUUGCGCCGAUGGCGAAUUCUUUACGAAAGGCAACAAAACCUCCUAUUGCAAACGCGACGAGUCGGAUGUUAGUUUUCAUAGUUUCGAGAGUCUGCAGAUUACUGGUAACUUUUCAAAACCCGCUGUGUUUGGCAUUCUACGCGGUUUGGAUUGUCAACGAUUCCUUCUAAAUCCCGAUCUGUAUAGCUCCGAUGCGCACAUUAUCAACUCGAACGAUGGCUCGCUUUACGUUGCCUCCAGCACGAAGAACUACACGAACAAUCAGUAUUGUGUAGAAAAGAUACGAAAUUCGACAUUUGGCGAACAGAAGCUCUACACAUUCCUGUGUUUCGACUCGAAAGUGGUUGGCAAUGAAAAGAUACGCUUCAAAAUGUACCCCAUCGGUCUAUUGAUCUCCUGCUCCUUCUAUGCACUCACACUGGGCGUGUACUUAUCCAUUUCACGCUUACGCAAUUUGCCGGGAAAAAUUUUAAUCUGUUUAGUGAGUAAUUUAUUUGCGGCUUAUUUGGGCAUUGCAUUGGGUCAACUCGUACCCAUCAACAACGAUAAUAUGUGCUUCGCCUCCGGUUAUUUCAUAUACUUUUGCCUCAUGGCUGCAUUUGCCUGGAUGAAUGUGAUGUGCUUCGAUAUAUGGCAGACGUUUGGAUCCGCAAAAAAGAAACGUGGUUUCCAGACAAAGGAUAUGGGACGUUUUCUACUCUACUCACUCUAUGGUUGGGGGCUACCCACGCUCAUGACGACCAUUACAGUGACGCUGGCUAAAUCAGAUUUACUGACCAAUGAGAAUUUACGUCCGAACUUCAAGCAGGGUCGCUGCUGGUUCACUUAUGGCACUUUUGCUUCGGCAAAUUUACUCUUCUUCUCCGGACCGAUUGGAGUGCUCUCGCUCUUCAACUUUGUGCUCUUUCUACUAACACUACGCUACUGUAAUCGCGUAAAACGUGAAAUUUUCCGCAUGCAAAGUUCAAAUGUCGAAAAACCGAUUAUGCGACGUCGCUUUUUCGUGGAUAAGGCGCGUUUUGCCAUGAAUACGAAACUGUUCAUUGUUAUGGGCAUUACGUGGUUCAUGGAAAUAUUGAGCAUCGUUUUAUACGAUCGCAAAAAAGUGUUCUUUUGGGUCGUUAGCGAUUCCUUCAAUGUGCUAUUGGGUGUUUUCGUCUUCUUUAUAUUCGUCUUCAAGAAGCGCAUCUGGCAUGCAAUACUCUUUAAAUUAGGUUUCCGUUCCAAUGACAGCCUAAAAACGCUACCUCCGGCCACCUGCGCUACACAGUCCACCUAUGCGCCACAGACACAGAGCCUCUCGAUGACGCGCCUAAAUGCCAUCGAAGGCAAUCUGUCAUUGCUUUGUAAUGCGGCAAAGAAUUAGCAUAAGUUAUUUGUUGUACGCCUCCCACUCAUUAUUGUAUUUGUAUUAUUGUGCAUUUGUAAUAUUUGUAUAUAAUUUUUUUUUACGCUUUCGAGGUGUGUCAAAGUGCGUUUAGACACGAAAACUACAGAUUCGCAACCUUUGGCACACAGCUACAUAUGCUUAUGUAUGUGUUUAUAUGUAUGUUAUUUUAUUAGCGUUACGCUUGUUUGUAAGCUAUUUAUUAUAUUUAUUUACCAUUAAAAGCCAUAUUUAAAUUUAUACUGAAA